AUGAGACAAACAGGUGUGAGAGAGACUACCAAAUCAGAAUACGUGUCACUUUCUGGAGAAACAAACCAUACAAAUGAUGAGGCCUCGUGGUAUCUUGACAUAGGAUGCUCCAACCAUAUGACAGGCAGAAGAGACUGGUUGCUCGACUUAGAUACGAGCAUAAAGAGCAUCGUGCGUUUCGCGGAUGACAGUAUCAUCAAGCCUGAAGGUUCCAGCAAAGUUUUGAUCACGCGUAAGGAUGAAAAAGUUGUGUAUAUGCACAACUUGCUAUACGUUCCAAUGAUGAAAAACAAUCUUCUGAGUCUUGGACAACUUCUUGAAAAGAGGUACACAAUGAAUUUACAGCAGAGACACGUUGAAGUGUUUAAUGAGAAACAACGGUUGGUGCUCAAGGCUCCUUUGACUUGA